UUUAAAAGAGCCAUUUUUGAACAAGAAAACCCUAGAUAUCGUGCUAAGAAGAAGAAGAUACAGGUAAAAUCGCGGCAAAAGCUCUUUGGGAAUCCCAAAGGUUGAUACUUUAAUCCCCCCCAAAUGAUUCGCAAGCUCUGUUCUUCUUCUUUCUCUCGCUCCAUCAUCUUCCCCAACAAACCCAUCUUCAUCUCCCGCUCUUUCCCUCAUCCACUACUCCGUCACUCUUCUGCUCUCUCUUAUUCCUCCUUGAAAAUGACCGAUACCCAGAUCCCUGAUAACUCUAGUUCGUCCUCAAAUCAAUCUCCCACCAAACCCGAAUCGCUUCGUUCCCUCGAAUUUCAAUUGGGUUCUUCUUUCACCGCCGAUCCAAUUAUCCCACCGCCGAAUCAGAUCGUCAUCGUUAUCAGUGGUCCGAGCGGAGUUGGCAAAGACGCAGUGAUCAACAAGCUUCGUGAGGUUCGUGAAGGUCUACAUUUCGUUGUUACCGCCACUAGCCGUCCGAUGCGACCUGGUGAAGUUGAUGGUAAAGACUAUUUCUUUGUCUCGAGAGAUCAAUUCUUAUCAAUGGUGGAGAACGAAGAGCUUCUUGAAUACGCACUUGUUUAUGGAGAGUACAAAGGGAUUCCAAAGAAGCAGAUUCAGGAGUUUAUGGCUAAAGGGGAAGACAUUGUUCUUAGAGUUGAUAUUCAAGGAGCUCAGACGUUAAGGAGGAUACUUGGUAACUCUGCCGUGUUUAUAUUCCUUGUGGCGGAGAGUGAGCUUGCGAUGGUGGAGAGGUUGAUUGAUCGGAAGACGGAGAGUCAAGAGGAGCUGCUUGUUAGAGUUGCUACGGCGAGGGAAGAGGUUAGGCAUCUAAAGAACUUUGAUUACGUUGUGGUGAAUGCAAAAGGGAGGCUUGAUGAUGCGGUUAAUCGCGUGGAAUCCAUUAUCGAUGCUGAGAAAUCCAAAGUUCAUCAAAGGAUUGUCAGGAUUUGAUGUGCUGAUUGCUUGCUGUCUCCAGUCACGGUUUCAUCGCGAACCAAGACAAUUUUGGUAUCUGUACAAGGGAAAUGAACAUUCAGGUGAUUCCUCCCUGUUACAAGGAAUCCUUUUGAAUCAAAGUUAGCUAAAUGGAUUCUGUUAUUAUCAUACUCACAGUUUGAUUAAUCGUGUUACUUAAUGUUAUGGAGCAUUGUUGAUAACAA